UUUAUCAUGAUUAUUUUAAAGCAACAGAUGAUAUCAAACUUGAUUCGUCACAACAUUUUUUAUUUUACUAUUUUAUUUUAUUUUUAUUUUAUUUUAUUUAUUUAUUUAUUUAUUUUAUUUAAACUAAUAAUGUUUAAAGAUAGAACAACUGAAUUUCAUUCUUUAUGUGAGCGUAUUCGUUCUCGUUCACAUGCAACUAUUUCAGAUAAGAGAGCCCUAUUAUCACCCGAUCUUUCUAAAGAAAAUCAAACAUCCAAGAAACGUCUUCCACGUUCAGAAUUUUCUUUAAUGGCAGCUGAAAUCAGUAGACAGAUCACACACACAGCAGGGAAAUUAGAAAAAUUAACAAAAUUGGCCAAGAGAAAGACUUUGUUUGAUGAUAAACCUGUCGAGAUUAAUGAAUUAACAUUUAUUAUUAAACAAGAUAUUGCAAAGUUGAACAAACAAAUCGCAAUGCUUCAAGAUUACACUAAGCAUCAGAAGCAAAACUCAAAACAAGCAACCGAACAUACAUCAAAUGUGGUUGUAGCUCUCCAAAGUAAAUUAGCUGAUACCUCUAUGAGUUUUAAAGAUGUAUUAGAAAUACGAACAGAGAAUAUGAAAAUAUCAAAGGACAAAAGAGAUCAAUUUUUGUUUUCAACUAUGGAACAAACAGCAGAUACUGGAUUAGUCAAUUCACCUUUAAUGAAAUCACGCCGUCGUGGAGCAAUAGAAGAGGAAGAAGAAGAAAAGAAAGAACAAGAAUCAACAUUAUCACUUGGUAUACCUAUGAUAACUCAACAACAACAGCAAGAAAUGAUGAUUUUGGAACAAGAUAGAUAUAUUGAUCAUAGAUCCUCUGCAAUUGAAAGCAUCGAGAGUACAAUUGCUGAAUUAGGUGGUAUUUUUCAACAAUUAGCUACCAUGGUAGCAGAGCAAAGAGAAACCGUACAAAGAAUCGAUCAAAAUACAGAUGACAUUGAAAUGAACGUCAUGGGAGCACAACGAGAAUUAUUAAAAUAUUAUACAAGCAUUAGUUCGAAUAGAUGGCUAUUCAUUAAAAUAUUCGUAACAAUUGUAAUAUUCUUUUUAAUAUUCACUUUUAUUAUGUAAUAAAGAAAAUAGAACUUUAGUAUUCAAAUUAACUUUUGUGUGAAAAAUUCAAUAUCUUUAAAAAGUUAA